CUCAUAAAAUAAACAACAACAACAACAACAACAACGUUUUGAUAUUUUCAACUACGCGAUGGCUCGGAACCCGAGAGAACAGGAGCAGCAGCCACUGUUGGAAGUAGAGGAAGAGGAAGAGACGGCGUAUGACUCAUCGGAGAAGAUUGUGGUGGUGGGAAUCGACGAGGAAGAGGACUACGGCGGCAAGGUUCCGCCGUUUUCAUGGAAGAAGCUAUGGCGGUUCACAGGGCCAGGGUUUCUCAUGUGCAUAGCGUUUCUCGAUCCGGGGAACCUGGAGGGGGACUUACAAGCGGGUGCCAUUGCAGGGUACUCGUUGCUGUGGCUUUUGAUGUGGGCUACUGGCAUGGGGCUGCUAAUUCAGCUCUUGUCGGCGCGGCUUGGAGUCGCCACCGGGAAGCACUUGGCGGAGCUGUGCAGGGAGGAGUACCCCACGUGGGCUAGGAUGGUGCUGUGGGUUAUGGCUGAGGUUGCUCUCAUUGGUUCUGAUAUUCAAGAGGUUAUUGGUAGUGCUAUUGCGAUAAGGAUUCUCAGUAAUGGGGUUGUGCCCCUUUGGGCUGGGGUUGUCAUUACUGCUCUUGAUUGUUUUAUUUUUCUCUUUCUGGAGAACUAUGGUGUGAGGUCAUUGGAAGCAUUUUUUGGUGUUCUUAUUGGGAUAAUGGCACUGGCGUUCGCGUGGAUGUUUGGUGAAACACAGCCCAGCGGCAAGGAACUUCUUGUUGGCAUUUUGGUUCCAAAACUCAGCUCCAGAACUAUACAGCAGGCUGUUGGAGUUGUGGGCUGCCUUAUAAUGCCUUACAAUGUAUUCUUGCACUCUGCUCUUGUUCAAUCGAGGAAGAUUGACCACAGCAACAAAGGACGGGUUCAAGAAGCUCUUAACUAUUACUCUAUAGAGUCCACCCUUGCACUUGUCGUCUCCUUUGUCAUUAACAUAUUUGUGACAACUGUGUUUGCCAAGGGGUUUUAUGGUUCUGAAGUAGCAGAUAGCAUUGGUCUUGUAAAUGCAGGACAGUAUCUUCAGGACGCGUAUGGUGGUGGAGUAGUUCCAAUUUUAUAUAUAUGGGGUAUUGGGUUAUUGGCAGCCGGCCAAAGUAGCACUAUUGCUGGUACUUAUGCCGGACAAUUUAUCAUGGGAGGGUUUCUAAAUUUAAAGAUCAAAAAAUGGAUGAGGGCGUUAAUUACCCGAAGUUGUGCAAUAGUACCAACCAUGAUUGUUGCUCUUAUAUUUGAUUCCUCAGAGCAAUCGCUGGAUGUUCUGAAUCAGUGGCUUAAUGUUCUUCAGUCAGUCCAAAUCCCCUUUGCUGUUAUUCCUUUACUCUGUCUGGUUUCCAAGGAGGAGAUAAUGGGCACUUUCAAAAUUGGUGCUGUCCUCAAGACUAUUUCUUGGCUUGUGGCUGCUCUGGUGACAAUGAUUAAUGGCUAUCUCUUGGUGGAAUUCUUCUCCUCUGAAGUGAAUGGAGCAAUAGUUGGCGCUGUACUCGGUACGCUAACCGCUGCAUAUGUUGGAUUCAUAAUAUAUCUUAUUUGGCGUGCAUUUACCUUUUCACCUUGGCAAAAGGUUUCCCAAUCAAAGACAAUUGCUCACUCAGAGAGUUGAGUAAUUAAUCCUUCUAACCACGCCUAGGAGCUGGAAUUCUGCCCAAGGCUUUCAUGGCUACUUUUGCGCCUGAUCCUUUUUGAAGUAUCUCGUGCUUGUUACUCUGAGAUCAAGUCGAUGCAGUGGGCAGGGUCACCUUAUUGUUUGCCUGUAGAUUAUCUAAUAGAUCAGAGUAGAUUCUAGGACUGUAUUAUUUGCAAACUUUCUUGUCUCUAAUGCUCUGGAAACACACCUCUUUUUAUUUUCUUUUUGGCUCCUUGUAUCUUUUUAUAUGUUUUUCUCUAGGGCGGCGGCUGUUAUGAUCAAAUUCUUUGGCCGAAAGUUUAAGGUGUUAGGUAUUCCUUUAUGCAAUAAUUUUUUAAGGUUGAAGCGUGUAUUAUGAAUGACCUAUGUACGUUGUUAAUUUCAAUAAUGUAAUUAGAAUGGUAAAUGCUGUA